AUGGCAAGAGUGCUGUCGGGCAGCCUCAAUGGUAGCCUCCCACACAUUCAGGCUUUAAAUGAACAUCUGCUCUGGAGGCUAGCCCCAUGGCUGGUGGGAUCAUCCCUUCACCUGUUGUGUUUUUGGCAUGAUUUGCCGCAAGGAAAUCUAUGUUUGUUAUGUAUUAAAAAUGCUACUAGUAGUAUAUCUUUGGCUAAGUUAUAGACAAGCUCCUCACAGCUUGAGGCCAGUAAUUUACCUGAUGAGAAGCAAUAUCAGGUUAUUGGUAAACAGGUGCCUUUCCACAGCUCAAAGUACAUGCCACACUGAUUGAGCUACAGAUAAAAAUUGACAGUAUCAAGAGUGUUUUCUGGCCUCACACCAAAAUAACUUGUUGUUUGAUAUCAAGGAAAAAAAACGUUUUGGUCAAACCUUCAAUAAACACAGGUUCUAUUAUCACAUCUUCCUGCCUAUUUAUCAGUGUAUGGCUAGAGCUGUUUGGAAAUUUUCACCGUUUCAUGUUGAAAUGAAUAUGAAAUAUUCUGCUUUGUUUUCUGUUUCUGGCCUUGUUUUGUUCUUUUUUUAGUCUUUUGGCUUUUCAGUGCCAUAUGUACCUGAAAUAUUUUUGCUUGUCAGAGUGACGUCAGUCCACGAUGGCUUAGAAAACAUCACUUAAAAAGUAAAUUCGCGCUGCCUCAAACUUAUAUCGUGCUUAUUCCAUCUCGUUUAACUUGUCAAAUGCUGGCAAAUUUUUUGGAGCUUGAACUCUAAAGGACUGUAUCAAAGUUCAUGCAGGAAAGGAAAAAAAAGUUGUUGUCAUGUUGUAGUUGUGAGUGAUAGCUAAGAAAUGUACAAAAAAGCUUGAUGCAUGUGCAAGGUUGUUGUUUUGUUAAUCUAAACCUAUUGAUUUUGCCAUCGCUUUCAUCGCUUAAGCUCGCUAUUAAGGCUGGAUGCAGGAGCUAUCCCCAGCUGGCUACUAUGAGCUUGACCCUUGGCUAACUUCAUAGGAAACAAAAGGAAAAAAGAACCAAAAGAAUCUCCUAGAUGCAGCUGUUCAUUAUGCCAUGUCUACAGUUCGCACAUAACUGCAAACUUGAAAUCUUAGUGACAGCCCUAAGUCAUUAUGACCGUGAUGAUUCUAUUGGUGACUUUGCAGACAAUAAAAUACAGUGUAGAGAGGUACCAGCGGCUAUAAACAUUGUUCAAUUAUAUGAUUUCCCAUUGCUUCUAGAACGUUGAUGUUGUGCGGCGCUCCUUGCUGUUUAAUGUCAGCACUUCACUGGAAGACCAAGAUGUCACUGGCGAGAGACAAGAAACUGCCCAUUUAUCUGAGGGACACAUCUCCGCUGAAUUGCAACUACGGAAUGAAUGUGAAACCCUUUGGCAGGAGUUGAACAAUGUGAGAUCACGAUUUUUACCUAUCAAUCUAUUUGAAAAAUAGAUUUUUUUCUCCCGGGAUAUUUUUUUCUCACCAUUUUUAUGUGGUUUGUUGGACCAGAUGCAAACUUUGGAGCAAAGUUUGCAUGUUUUCAGUGAAAUUGAUAACCACUUGAAUUGCAAUUAAGCCAUGCUAUUGUUUUGUAAGGCAAAUUAUAAUAUGAGGUCUACUGUAUGGCUGUGUCCAGGCAAGUUGACCAUAAAUAAAUACACCCGUUGUUAAACCCCCCACCCCCUUGCUUGAAAUAAAUAAGCCCCCAGUGGGGCUUAAUAGAGGGUUCAUUAUUAAUUUUUAGACUUUAUUUGUUUUACUUGAAGACUCAUGCCCGGCUAGAAGCAAGAACUAGGGCGGGCUCAUCUAAAGUGGAUGAAGGCGGUUUGGAUGGUUCGAAGGUGAGCCUGUUCAUAGUUCUUUCUUAAACCUAAUCGGAUUAUGUGUAUUUUAAAUAAUCUAAACUAUCUAUCUUUCUAAUUUGGGUGCACCCACACUACUUUAACGAGUCUGUCCCAUUCCUGUCUUCUGCCAUGACAGGUAGAGAUAUCCUGCUUGGUACAUGUAUCUCUCACUAGUUAGUCAAUAAAUAUUGUUGCUGGGUAUGCCCUUGAGUGCGUGUUAUGUUUUGGUUUCUAAAGAAGUAGUUUGGAAACAAUGAUUAUCAUUCUUGCUUCUCCAUCAGUGGCCACUAAACUGCAGCUGACUUAUCUGGAGACUUGUUAAAAUUGGAUGCAGGUCCCCGUAAAGUUCCUUGUUCUGCUCUUUUAAUAAUAAUUAUUGUUAAUUAAUCUAAAUGUGAUGAACAGACUUAUUCAUGGAUAUGUUGUAGUUAUUUUUUAUCUCAGGUAAUUUUUGUUUUUCUUUUGUUUUUGGGUAUGGUAAUGUAUGCUAAUGAAAUUGAAACAAAGGAAAAAUAAAAAUUACCUGGGAUAAAAAAUUAACUACAACAGAUAUAUUAAACAGUUUGGCAUAAAUAUCCAUAGGUACUUGAAAAAGUGCUUAAGGUAAAAGAAAAGAAACUUCAGACAGAACUCGUAGCUUUGGAAAAUCAGGGCCUUCAAGGUGAGCAUUUGCAUGAAAUUAAUAAUAAUAAUAAUAAUAAUAAUUAACAUUUAUAAUUUAAGUUUAUAAUAACUUACAUGUAUACAGUUAAUAAAUUGAUAAAUUAACUGUACCCUCAUAUGCAGGGUGCAAAGAAAAUCAUUUUUACAGCCUGCCAUUCGGGCAAGCUGAAGCUAGCAUUUACUAGCCCAGAUGUCAUUUCAACCAGCAGCACCCCCCAAACUUUUUGACUAGCAUUCUGAAUUGAUUUCACAGUUCUUCUUUAUUCGAAUUCCUCAUUCCUCAGCAUUUUUCUUUUUUGUUUCUCAUAGUUACAUCAGCAAAUCCAGAGUACACUGGAACAUGUCUAAGGAGUGAGGUACAGUGUAUAAACCCCACUGACUUCAGAGUACAUAAUAGAAUAUUGUUUUGGUUUUUUUUUGCUGUUGCCAUUGUUAUUAUGUUAUUGUUUUGUUUUUUUUGUUGUUGUUGUUGUUUGAUUUUUUUUCUAAAGACUCUGAGCAUUGGAAAUUUUAGUGCGACUUAAGUGUGGGGGUAGAGUGGAGGCCAUCAAUGGGUUGUUCCAGAAAAAAUCCACACCCCCCCGACGGAUGGGAUUCUGGAAAUUCUCGCGGGAGGGGGGGUCGAAGACUCCGGAAAUCCAGGCGGGAGGGGGGGUUGACCUUAAAAAAGUCUUCUGCAGGGGUCAUUUCGACCGAUAGUUGAUACAAAUCAAACGUUUAGUUCGAUGACACUUAAGCGCUUUCAGACCCUGAAAAUAGUCAAAAUGUUUUGUUCAUAUAUUUCUCACCUGACAUAAAUGAUAAUCUAAGUUGCUUUACAGGUCCUUUUAUAGCAGAAAACGCGAAAAAGAUACUAAAGAACGGGCCUGAAGGAACUCGUCGCAACGUUGUUGUCACGAAGAGCGUCAAACGCCUGACACAUUUCUACUCGUACCCAGAGCCCGCGCGCGAAGAGUGAUUUUUAUAAGCUAAGAAAUUAUGUAAACACUCGUUCAGGUGUCGUUCGCAUUUUUGUUUUUUGCUCCUUUCGUUUUCAGUUCCACGCGAUAGAAUUCGUAGUUUAAUAUAAGCUGAAGCUUUAGAAAUUAAAACAAAAACAUUUAGACGUGUUUGCGUGUAUUUUCCAUUAAAAAUAAAUUAAAUUUAAGCCUUUUAUUUUUUCCCGGAAAUCCAGGCGGGAGGGGGGGUCUUCCACCUUGGAAAUCCAGUUGGGAGGGGGGGUCUUGUGCUUCAGGAAAUCCAGGUGAGAGGGGGGGUUAAAAAAGGACCCCAUCCGUCGGGGGGGUGUGGAUUUUUUCUGGAAUAACCCAAUAUUCUUUAGCACCAAACUUCAAAAUUGUUCUAUGUCAUCAGAUACAACUGUUUUGCUUUAUAUCUAGUUGCUUACAAGUAUAACACAGUUGGAAGAGACAUUAGAAGUGAUUAGAAAGCAACGCAAAGAAGUAGAGGAUGAACUUAAGAGGUAUUCAUCUUUUAUCUAAAGUUACUGUCAAACUCAGAAAACCUUGAACCAGUGAUCUUGUUACAUCUGCGUCCUGUGUCCUGCGUCCCUGAUGCAUAGAAAAAAUAACCUGGUUACAGGAAAACUGCAACUGGCAAGACACAACCAGGAAGAAAAAUUACCUACUUGAACCAUUUAUGUCUGGAUUGCUAGUCUUGAGACUUGGCUACUCGGCCAAACAGUGCACCCCCUUAUUUUGGGACUUGCUGAUUGAUUACAUGAUCAUUGAUUUGCAGAGAGGAAGAGAUUCUUAAUCAGCAUAAGGAGAUUGGCCACUCUCUUCAAAUGAAAAUUGAGAGCCUGGAGCAAGAAAAAGAAAAUGCUCCUAGUGGAAUAAGGUAUUCAAAACAUUAGUUCUGUGUAUACAUAUGAUAAAUAAUUUUUGGGUGCAUGGAGGUGUGAUGGUGGCCAGGGCAAUGGAACCAACCCUUGGUCUAUAUCAAACCAUUCAUUUUGCUGAUUGAACUAUAAUAUUUAUUGUAGUUCAAUAAUUAAAUUAUUUAAGUACUCUUUUCUUUACAUGUAGAACCCAAAAUAUCUUCUCUUUGCUAGAUUCCUAUGAACCAAAAGCCCAAUUCUUGAUACCUGCACCACCAAUCAAUAUUCCACAAUUCCUCUAAUUUCUACACCUUUCCCAUACUAAACAUCUUACCCUCCACUGUGGCAAAUCGGUCAUGAGUUUAUAAACCUAUUUAAAAUUUAUAAAAUCAUUGGAUAGCAAUUUUCACGUGUUUUUGUUUGUCUAGCUCUGUACCUAGCACAGUAUGCAAUGACCGUGAGACUCUGCGUUGUUUGUUUUAGUAUUUACCAAGUUCUUUCAGUAUUUGUUUAUUUUUGACAGUGUAUCAGGAAUUAGUUGGGGAGAUUUUAAUGAUUGUUGCAAAUUCCCAAGAAAAUAGUUUCGGCUACCUGCAGUGCAUAAUAAUAUAGAUGGAAGACAGGUAAUGAAAUAUUCUGUGUUAAUUUUUUCAGUCAGAUAAAAGAACUUGAAAAACAAAAGAAAGCUGCAGAUGUGUAUCUUGCUCAGAUCAUGAGAAAACUGGUUUGUAGAAAGGCUCCAAUUCAUAGGUCUCUUCUUGACUUACUGUCAAGCUAACAAAACCACUGAAUGUUUAUUGCAUUAUGUCAAAUCACAGCAAAGAUUAGGACAAGUAAGCAAGCCACACAACCACAAACUUAUCGCUUGUGGUUUAAUUUUCCCACACUGGAUUAGGUUUUCCCUCACAACACACAGUAACAUUCCAAAAAUAUUUCUGGUGUCCGUGGUCUUGUUAGUUUUACAGUAAAAGCUGCGAACCUGUUAUUUUGAGUCCAUAAUGAACUGUAGUGUACAAAACUUAGCCUCAGGCAAAUGUCAGUUGCAAGGGGUCACACAGCUCUGCUAGAGCACAGCAGCCUUAUCGGGGGUUUUGGAGCGAAGACAAGCUAAGAAGUGUCUGCUUUCAAACACCUCACUCAUAUUCAUGAAAGGACAUAAAAAAAUAAAGAAAAAUCCCAAAUCUCUUUUUUAUAAAACUUCACACAAAAGUGCAGUGCUUAAGAGUAUUCUAAGUAGUUCUUUUCAUGGUUUUUCAUCUACAAGAGACAUUACUCUUAGCAUGAUUUCCUUUGUGAUAGCCUCUGAUUAUGAUGCCAAAGUUGCAACACUAAGAUUUAAUUAAUAAUUAUCUAUUCAUUUGUCAUUUUAAUCCAGGGAUCAUUUUUGUCCACAAACUUUCCUCUGCCAUCACCUGAUGAUGUGAAAAGAAACAAGGUACAUUUUUUGGACUUAGUUUUCACUAUUUUCAUUCAUUCCUGCUACAUAGUAUUCCGGGCAAAAAAAGGCUGAAUGUGCUUACUGCCGCAUUCCUAUGGAAAGGGCCUCAGGCUAUUCAGAAAACAGUGGGAUGGGCAUGGCAGUCUGUCCACCUGUAGCUUUUUCUGAACUUGUUUCUGGUAUCUCCAUUGCCCCUUUACAGAGAACUCACUUCACUGUUAGAACUGAUUCAAAAGAGAGCAGGGGCGAACUCUUGGGGUCGUUUAAGGCAAUAAAAAUGAUUGAAGAAUGGUAUGGACCAACUCUAUUGUGGGUUUCCGCUUUAAGUAGGACGUGUUCGUUUUAUAGUGGUGUUGAUCAACAGAGAAUUAACCUUCUGGCCUGUUUGUUCUCUGAGAGAAGACCAGACACAUAACGUUUAUGAGGGGGUGAGACGGUGCAAUAAUGUACUCUUGAUUUUUCAUUUGUUAUUACCCUAACUUAUUUGUUUUUUGCCUUCUAGAAUCAGGGGAAGGGACUGCUCUUAGAUCCAAACAUCACGUAUAUCUCACUUCAACAGCUAACAGAGGUAAGAAGAAAGAGUGCAAUGAAAAUAUUGGAGUUCUCAGGGCAUUGAUGAUGAUUAUGAUGAUGACAGUGACAGUAAUGAUAAUAAUAAUAAUAAUAAUAAUAAUGCUGUUCUUGAUGCUGAUGAUGGUAAUGGUAAUGACAGUGAUAGUGAUAGUGAAAAUGAUAAUAACAAUAGUAAAUGAUUUCCUCCUCUCACAGUGUUUGUUUUACAGUGUAACUUGCUUCACUAUGUUAACGCUUUAAGCCCCAAGGGUGACCAACAUCAAUUUUCUCCUAACAACAUUAGCAGAUCAUCAACAGUAAAGGUCAUGAGAAUUACUAAAUUGAUCACUAAAGGGAACAUGCUUUGAUCUAACACCAAAUUCUCUCAACUAUUAUUUAAAGAAUUGUAUGGAGAUCAGUGUGGAGAAUUUGUAUGUGGAUCUUUGGGCUUAAAGGGGUUAAGACGACUUGCCUGGGCCCUUGUCCAUUUGGCAACUCAGAGGACCAUUGGACAAUACUUAUUUCCUGAAUCCUGAAUCCUCCAGUAAUACAUGUAUCAUCUGAAUGGACAUUUACAGUGCUAUAGGGUGAAAAUGUCUAAAUAUAAACACAUUUCAAACGACAAAUAAUUUCUCUCAAUAGGACCUGAUGAACAUGUUGUACGCCAGGCCUCACGAUCCUUACAUCCGAAUAAAGGAUUUUCACUGGCCUCCGUAUAUUGAACUGUUACUAAGGUCUGGCAUAGCUCUGCGGCAUCCUCAAGACUGCAAUCGUAUUAGACUUGUGGCUUUCAACCGAUAAAUCACCAAGGCGACUAUUUUGAGAAGACGGGAAGGAGUUGGCAGUCCAUGAUUUCAACUACAGGGCUCAAAAUAAUGGCCAGUCAAAGGACAAUAACCUGACUCUUGACUUGCCAAAUACUUCACUCGUCGGUCAUGUUGACUGGACACGACACUCUCAUUUUUGGAAAAAAGUAGAAAAAAGAGAAAAUACAACAACAACAACAAUAACAAUAACAGCCAGUUCUCACCCUUUAAAUCUUAGAUUUUUGUGUCUUUCUAAGACACGCUAACAAACAGAAAAUCACACAAGGAUCAGUUAACAUUUUCCAAGAAUAAUAUAACUUGUCAGAAACGAGACUUGACCGAGCCAAAGCAUCGUGCACGCACGCACACCAACGGAAAAUUCUUUUGAGCCCUGAACCGUCAAAGCAGAAGUUUAUUUGUUGGAUACCACUCCAAGUUAACAGUGCAUCUUAAAACCAAGUUAGCUGUGGUGAAUUGAUGUACUGGGUAUUGGCGAGUCUCUUUUCAGCUGAGAUAAACGAUAUUUGGAAAUCAAGUGGAUCAUUUUCCCCACUGUCUGGUUGGUUAAAAAAUUUGCAACGCGGAAGGGUAACAGAAAGUGUACCAUGUCUGUUCUAUAUAACAAAAUCAAACGAGCAAAGACACACCUCUAAAAAGUGCCC